UUUCCCAUCUGGCCUACCCCAAGCCAAGCGCACGGCGCACAUAACAAGUGUUGUCUAUAGCCACCUCCUGCUCAUACCCAUCACCUUCCCCAUCCCACACGAGCUAAGCGCACACAGCAACUGCCACAGAUCCACGCCAGGAAGGACUCCAUCGGCGUCUCCGCCUCACCUCUCCGCGGCCCGUAGCAAGCAGAGCAGGGGAUGAAGCGCGUCGUGGGGAGCCCGGGGACAUGGAGCGGCAUGGCGCUGCGGCUGUCGCAGUGCGUCUUCGCCGCCGCCUCCGUCUUCUCGUUGGUCUCCGGCUUCGGCUACUCCAACUACGGCGCCUUCUUCUUCUUGAUUCUAGCGUUGAUCCUGCAGCUUAUGUGGAGUUCGCGCCUUGCUUAUAAGGAUAUCUUUGCUCUAAGGAAUAAAAAGGAUCUUCACACACGGGAUAAUCUAUUGUUCAUUGUUACAGUUGACUGGGUCGUGGCGAUUUUCAUGUUCUCCGGAUCCUGUGCCUCUGCAAGCCUGACAAUUUUAUUCCUGUGGGAUGUGAACUUAUGCAACGCAUAUUCGCGGCUGGCCUGCCGGCAGUUCGCGCUUUCGGUCGUCCUGGCGUUCAUCACAUGGCUGCUGCAAGCUGCAUCUUCUUUCUCGGGGUUUUGGCUACUGAUUUCGUUCUUCUAGUGAUUCACGUGCUCAUCAUAAUUCGCAGCGUAAAGGUUUUCAGGCCCUGCAAAAUCUUAAACCAAUAGAAGGUGUACUAGAUUUAUCUGAAAGCAUAUUGCCAAAAUCCAACAGCUAGCUCUUUCAUGUGUUCAGUUCAUCACCAGUCUAAAAAGUAACACGGAUUUUUAGAGCACAGGCUCCUGGACGCCUCCUAUCCUCACCAUCUAAUGUUGCUUUAUGAUUUGUGCUACACAACGAACUUACUACCUGAAAACUUUCUCUUUUUUGUUUCUUCAAAACAAAACAACAAAUGAGCUUGAAACUUUCCAGGACAACAAAACAUUCUUAGAACAAUGCGGGAUAAAACUUUCAGAUU